CCACAUUGCAUAUACAAUGUCUUCAACAGAAAAACCAGCAUCGGUUCCUGUCCCAAAUGUGGUCCUACAACCAUCAUUCAGCAUGCCGGUGAUCGCCUUUGGAACUGGCUCCGAAGCAAACGACAACGACACCAUCAAAGCAGCGGCCAUUGAGGCCAUCAAGCUCGGUUACAGGCACUUUGACACCGCUUCCAUCUAUGAUUCCGAACAGCCUCUCGGAGAAGCCUUUGCUGAAGCCCUUCAACUUGGCCUCAUAAAUUCCAGAGAUGAACUUUUCAUCACUUCCAAGUUAUGGCUCUCCGAUAAUCAUCCCCAUCUUGUUCUCUCUGCUUUACAAAACUCACUUCAGAAUCUUGGAUUAGAAUACUUGGAUCUUUACUUGGUCCACUGUCCAAUGAGUGCAAAGCCUGAAAUAAGAAAAUUUCCUUAUAAUGAAGACGAAUUGCUGCCAUUUGACUUGAAGGGUGUUUGGACUUCAAUGGAGAAAUGCCACAGCUUGGGCCUCACAAAAUCAAUUGGAGUUAGCAACUUCUCUACCAAGAAACUUGAACAUCUCCUCUCUUUUGCUACUAUUCCUCCUGCAGUUAAUCAAGUGGAGUUGAAUCCAUCCUGGCAGCAAAAGAAUCUAAGAGAAUAUUGCAAAACCAAGAAUAUUGUGAUAACUGCAUAUUCUCCUUUGGGAGCCAAAGGAGCCAGUUGGGGUAGUAAUGAUGUUAUGAACAGUGAAUUGCUCAAGCAAAUUGCACAUGCUCAUGGUAAAACUGUUGCUCAGGUAAGUCUUAGAUGGUUGUACGAGCAAGGUGUGACUUUUGCAGUGAAGAGCUACAACAAAGAGAGAAUGAAACAAAAUCUAGAUAUAUUUGAUUUUUCACUUACAAAUGAUGACUACCAAAAGAUUAAUCACAUGAAACAGGAGCGCAAACUGAAGAACGGUCCUGCUGCUUUCGAUCUUCCUGACCUAUUUGAUGGAGAAAAUUAGAUACCACACUCAUUCAUCAGGUUUUGUGUUAUGUGCCAGAUUGGAUAAGUAUAUUUGAUUGAUGUUUUAAAUAUUUAGCUUUAGUUUUAAAUUAUUGUCUACAUAUUUGAGUGAUUGUAGUUGAUUUGUUGUUAAUGAGUUUAUAGAUGGAAUGAAGCAUUCUUCAAUCAGUGAUUUAAUUUAUUGUAAUUCUUUUGUAUAAGUUUCGCGUAAUAUAAUGGAUGUAUUUAAUGACAUAUGAUACAGUCGGAAGAGACCUAUAUAACUUGAUAUGCACAAAUAUUAUUACCUGCUGAUCAAAAGAAACGAAAAUAAAAUGACAAGCUAUGAAGAUGUAUAUAAA